AUGAAACUCACGACAGCCGCCAUUGCUGUGCUCUGCGCAUGCGAUGCAGCAUUCGCUCAAGUCUCUCAGGACCCCAUCGGCAUCGGCCCGGUGCCAGAGUUGAUGCACUUGUACUACGAUGAAUGGCCAACAGGUAUUGCUGUCUCAGCUUCAGGCCGCAUGUUCUCCAACUACCCGCUUGGACUGGAUCCGACGAACACUCAAUACCAAGUCGCCGAACUCAACUCGAACAACACUGAAACACCUUACCCAAACGCCGCAUACAACUCUCCUCCCGGCGGCGCAGUCGACUACACCAAAUACCCACCCCAAGCCAAAGGUCUUGCCAACUACCUGAUCGGCGUGCAAAGCGUUGUCAUCGAUCCAAAGGACCGUCUUUGGAUCCUCGAUACCGGCCGCGCUCUUCUGUCGAACGGUACGCUGACGACGUCCAACUAUGGCGGCCCCAAGCUCGUGGGUGUGAACCUGUCAAACAACACCAUCUUCCAAACCAUCCUGUUCCCACCGAACGUUUCAUAUGCCGACUCGUACCCGAACGACGUGCGCUUCGACCUUCGACCUUCUGUCACCGCCUCCGGCCAAGGCAUAGCAUACAUCACCGACUCCUCGAGCGAGGGCCGCAACGGGAUCAUCAUGGUCGACUUAGGAACCGGUGAAUCGUGGCGGCACCUUGAAAAUAUUCCACAAGUCCGUCCUGAGCCUGGAUUCUUCGUCAGUGUCUGGGGCGAGCCAGUGUACAACAAUCCCGGUAACGGCAUGCCGAUAUCGCGUCUUGCGUUUGGUGCUGACGGGAUCACCCUUUCCAACGAUGGCGAGACACUCUACUUCAGCGUCGUGUCGGGUCGACAUCUAUACGCCGUGCCGACGGCGCGUCUUCGCGACCGUAGUGCCUCGUCCGAAUUGUUCGCGCAGGCAUCUGUCAUGGAUCUUGGGCAGAAGGGCGUGAGCGACGGACUGGAAAGUGACUCCAAUGGAAUUGUGUACGGCGGCAGUGUCGAGACGGAUUCGAUCAUUAUCUUCAAUCCGCAGAACGGGACUGUGUCGACGUAUACGCGGGAUCCGCGCAUCGACUGGACUGAUACGUUUUCUGUGGCGGGCAAUUACCUGUACUUCACGGAGAAUCAGCUUUGGAGGGCGCCCUCGCAGCAGGGUGGCGUGGAUCGACGGGUCAAGCCGUAUGCUUUGUUCAGGGUGCCGCUGCUCAAUAAUGCUACGAAGAUUGAGUUAGUGUAG